AUGAAGGAAGAGCCCCGGAUAUUUGACGCCGGGAAGGGAAUAAUCGGGUCCGGGAGAGAAUCAUCGAGCCCUCGACUGUCCAAUGGGAGUGGAGUGACGGAUGGGGCCAGUGGACACCCUGGAGCCCCUGCUCCAAACCCUGUGGAGGUGGUAUCAAGACCCAGUGGAGGAAGUGCCUCCUUGAACAAGAGCCAGGUUCAAGCCACAGGCAAGAGAGAAUCAUCGAGCCCUCGACUGUCCAAUGGGAGUGGAGUGACGGAUGGGGCCAGUGGACACCCUGGAGCCCCUGCUCCAAACCCUGUGGAGGUGGUAUCAAGACCCAGUGGAGGAAGUGCCUCCUUGAACAAGAGCCAGGUUCAAGCCACAGGCAAAAGAAUCCGACACAGGGAUAAAUUCACAAAAUCCAAGAAGAAAAGGGGAAAAUCUGGCGGAUCCAACUUAUUGUGUUCGGGGGUCAGCGAACGGUAUCACCUCUGCAACGACCAGAAAUGUUCGGGAGUUCAAGUGGACCAACUAGCUGAGGAAUGUUCAGCCUUCAACAACAAAUCGUUCGGCCGUGGGCAUUUUUAUACAUGGGAACCUUUUGAAAAAGCUGGGGCCCCGUGUGAGUUGAAUUGUCGGCCGAUAGGACAAAGAUUCGUGGCCACGCGGAGCAGGACUGUCGGCGACGGGUUGCCGUGCGACCCGAAGGAACCAGCAGCAGAACCCGCUGGUCGCCAUGUCUGCAUCAAAGGCAAAUGCACGCCAGUUUCUUGCGAAGGAGUCAUCGGCAAGAAGAGGGAGCCUUGUUUCCCAAAGCGACCUUUGACCUUGGUUUCGGAGCUCUUUGCACGGAAUGACAUGGGCGUUGGCACGCAUCUUGUCACAACAAUUCCGGCGGGAGCGAAAUACGUCAAUGUCAGCCACGUGAAACCGUCUGCCAACAGGAUAGGUUUCCGGUUGCCCAGUGGAACCACAAUCGCUGGGGGCAGCAAAUACACGUGGCGGCCCCAUCGCCAGGACACGGAAUUCGCCCGCGUGGCCGGAAUGCAAUUCUCCUUCCGGGUUCCGGACGAUCCCCGGAGAGAACCCGGGUCCGCAGGGAUCCGAGGCCCGUUAACGCAACCCGUUCAAGUCGUGCUAAUCACGAGAGAAUGGAACCAAGGGAUUUCGUAUCGCUUCUUUGAGCAGCCCCCCGACGAAAACGACGACGAAGAAAAGCACGCGUGGCAAAAUGAAGUCGACCAGCGCCGCGAAAUUGAAUCUUAUUCUUCUGUUUCCGCAACAUUGCCGAAAACAAUCCCACUACGCAGCGAAAGGAAGAGCUGGUCUCAUUAUGACUGGAACAUGAAACGUAAUUAUGUGCACACUCAAAAUCAGCAACGGGUGAUUUGGAAACUUUUCGGCUUCAACAACUGCUCUGCAUCGUGUGGAGGAGGUUUCCUGGAUGCUGUUGCGAGAUGCGUGGACACUGCCAAUAACGACAGAGAAAUCUCCGAGGCCUACUGCCUCAAACUGCCAAAACCUAGUCCGCAAAAAUUGCCAUGCAACACCGACAUCCCUUGUCCGGCAAAAUGGAUGCUGGGAGACUGGGGUGAAUGCAGCAAACCCUGUGACUCCGGAGUCCAAGAACGGACCUGGGAGUGCAAACAACGUAUGACGUCAAUGGUGAUCGUUAAUAGACCGGAUCACGCAUGUAAUACUCGGAAACCAGGAAGUACACUGAGAGCGUGUCUAUUGCGGCAUUGCGACGCAUGGGUUGUCGGACCGUGGUCUGAAUGUAGUGCGAGUUGUGGAGACGGAUUCAAGACAAGAGAAGUUACUUGUGGUUUUGGUGGUAACACAAAUGAUUCUACGGGUUCAUGGACGGCUGUUUGCAAUAUGGAGACUAGACCCGAAGACACAACAAAUUGUUCGGAAAAUGCUUGUUCUUCUGACCGAUUCGUCACUUUGGCACACCAGGAAUUCGUUGACAAUAUCAAGGGCUGGUUUGUCUCGGACUGGGAUGAUUCAGCAUGUACGCAGCCAACUUCAUGUCAAAAUGAUCAAAAAGGGGCAUUCAGGAAGCGUCAAGUGAAAUGUUUCGGUGGGGAUUGUGAUCCCGAGUGGAAACCCAAAGAGGAAACCCAUUGUGCCAACACUGUGUCCAAUAUUUCCUGCUCUGAGACCCAAUCCAGUGAAAAGGAAUUCCUGUGGGUCACUGGAACAUGGACAGAGUGUUCUGCUCGUUGUGGAGGAGGCAAACGGCACAGAAGAGUAUUUUGUGCUGAAAUCAAUUCUUCGUCUGGUCAAAUCAUCGGCCCUGGUGAAACCAAUUGUCCUGUCGUCGAUCGCCCUCACAACGAGGAAAAAUGCGGUCUGGAACAUUGUGCCCCCAGAUGGUUUGCAGAGGAGAAAAUAGACUGCUCAUGUGAAAGCAGGAAACGAGAGAGAACGGCCGUUUGUUUCGACGACGAGCACGGGAUCGUGCUUGAUUCCCAAUGCCCCCAGGAAAAGAAACCCAGGAACAGUACGGAUUGUAGCCCAGAAGAAAUGUCCCACUUUGGUUGCCUCAUGAACUCUCACGUGGUUGCUGAUGAGCCCUUUGUCGCUGAAAACAGCUCUCCUCGAAGCACGCAAAAUUUCGCUGCUCGGGCAGAAGAAGAAGCCAUUUUCCACCCAGUCGUUGAGAGACUGAUAGCGAAUGAAGAUUUGGGAAAUGAAGAUUCCAUCAGAAACACACAGCCUGGGAUUAGAACAAGUUCGAGUAUUCUUACGAGCACUUCAACAACCAGCACUGCAGUGCCGAACGAAGACGACGAUUACUCAGGAAAUGCAUGCGAGGACACUGCUCGCAAUUGUUACAUGAUCUACCAGGCAAGACUUUGCAAAUAUCAAGUUUUCAAGUCUGGCUGCUGUGCAACUUGUGGACUUUGACCCCUUCUUCUCAUCCGCCUUUCUUGCCUCGAAACAACUUGGACAAAAUUUGAUUUUUCUCAAAUUGGACCAUCUUGAUUGAACCCAGAUGUGCUGAAAAAAAAACUUUUCGUAGGCGCAUUUCGAAUUUGUACAGUAAGAGUUUUUAUUUCUAAAAAAAAAAAUGUCGAAGUGUAAGAUUGUGUUUCGAAUGCAAGAAUUUCUCAAACCAUAAUUUGUGGAUAUAGCGAUGUUCAUGAAUUACUGAAACGCGACUCGUGCUGAUUUGUUUUACGAGAGAAAUUUGAUUUGCCGUCAAUUUGAUCAAGGGAAGUCAUUGUGGUUAUUGUAAAAAAAAAGAGACUCCCCGUCUGUUUUAUUAAAAAUUUUCAUUUUACAAAAAAA